UGAUGGGGCAUGUAGGUGCCAAACCCCGGAGACAAACUGCACGGGGAGCUGGGUACCUGUUCAAAGCUCACCCUUCCUCCUGCCUUUCCAUUACUGAGGAGGUGUUUCUUGAAGCUGCAGAGUAUGGCAACAUCCCUGAAGUGAGACGGAUGCUGGAGGAGCUUCCUCACCUCGACAUCAACUGUGUCAACUACAUGGGUCAGAAUGCACUGCAGCUGGCAGUUGCAAGCGAGCACUUAGAAGUGGUCAAGCUUUUGCUUAAAAAGAAGGAACUUGCAAAAGUAGGAGAUGCCUUGCUGUUAGCCAUUAGUAAAGGGUACAUCCGCAUAGUAGAAGCCAUAUUGAGCCAUGAGGCCUUCACUGACGGUCAGAGGCUAACAAACAGCCCCAGUCUGGAGGAGACACAAGAUGAUUUUUUCUCAUAUGAUGAGGAUGGCACACGUUUUUCUCAUGACAUCACUCCCAUUAUCCUGGCUUCCCAGUGCCAGGAGUUUGAGAUCGUACACAUGCUACUUUUGAGGGGGGCCCGUAUAGAGCGUCCACAUGACUACUUCUGUCAAUGCAAGGCCUGCAUUGAGCAUCAGAGGCGUGACUCCUUUUGCCACUCUUUGUCUCGUAUUAGCGCCUACAAAGGCCUGGCAAGUCCAGCAUAUCUUUGCCUUUCAAAUGAAGACCCAGUGAUGGCAGCUUUGGAGCUGAGCAAUGAACUCGCCGUUCUGGCCAAUGCUGAGAAAGAGUUUAAGAAUGAUUACGAGAGGCUGUCCAUGCAAUGUAAGGAUUUUGUGGUGGGACUCUUGGAUUUGUGUCGGAAUACUGAAGAAGUGGAGGCUGUCCUAAAUGGUGACACAGAAUCCUGUGCUGACCAGGAAAUCUCUGGAAGGCCAAACCUGAUAAGGCUGAAACUUGCAAUAAAAUAUGAGGUUAAAGAGUUUGUGGCUCAUCCAAACUGUCAGCAACAUCUACGAUCAAUCUGGUAUGAAAACUUGACUGGACUGCAUCAGCAAACAAUAGCAGUUAAAAUUCUUCUUGUCCUCGGUGUAGCUGUUGGUUUACCUGUUCUGGCUUUUAUUUACUGGAUAGCACCAUCAAGUAAGUUGGGGAAACUUAUGCGUGGACCUUUCCUCAAGUUCGUGGCUCAUGCAGCUUCCUUCAUCAUAUUCCUCUGUCUGCUGGUUCUGAAUGCAGCGGACCGCUUUGCAGGGACAUCGCUACUGCCAAACAUGACCACCCAUGAUUACCCCUCACAAGUUUUUCGCAUGAAGACUACCCGCUUUACCUGGAUGGAGAUACUUAUUAUUUUCUGGGUCAUAGGUAAGAUAUGGGAGGAGUGUAAAGAUAUUUGGUUGCAGAACUUUCAGGAGUACAUCUCAGAACCAUGGAACCUUCUGGACUUCAGUAUUUUGGCCAUUUUUAUGACCUCUUUCAUUGCAAGAUUAAUGGCUUACUGGCAUGCCCAUUCUGCACAGUGCUACAUCGAUGAGCAUCCAUCAAACACGACCUUGCCUUCUGAUGUACAAUAUUUUCAGCUGGCAAGGAUUCACUGGAUUCCCUCAGACCCACAGCUGAUUUCUGAAGGUCUCUAUGCAAUUGCCAUUGUGUUGAGUUUUUCCCGCAUCGCGUACAUCCUGCCAGCCAACGAGAGGUUUGGGCCCUUGCAGAUCUCUCUGGGAAGAACGAUGAAAGACAUUUUUCAGUUCAUGGUUAUUUUUACAACAGUUUUCGUGGCAUUCAUGGUGGGAAUGUUUGAUCUAUAUUCAUACUACCUUGGAGCCAAAUACAACGUUGCCUUUACAACGGUUGAAGAAAGUUUUAAAACACUUUUCUGGGCAAUCUUUGGACUUUCAGAAGUAAAGUCCGUCGUUUUAACCAUCAAUCAUAAAUUCAUAGAGAAUAUAGGCUAUGUUCUGUAUGGGGUAUACAACAUCAUCAUGGUGAUUGUUCUGCUGAACAUGCUCAUAGCCAUGUUCAACAGCUCCUUCCAGGAAAUUGAGGAUGAUGCUGAUGUUGAGUGGAAAUUCGCCCGAGCCAAGCUGUGGUUCUCCUACUUUGAACACGGCAGCACUCUGCCUGUGCCCUUCAACCUCGUACCCAGCCCCAAAUCUGUGCUGUCCCUCCUACUCGGGAUAAAGACAUUUUUUAAACCUCCAAAAGAAAACAGAGAAGAGUCAAAGAAUGGCAAAGACAUAAGAAAUUUAAGGGAACAUGGAGGACUGAAAGAGGACGCAUCACUUCAUCCAUCUCGUCAUCAAAAAAUAAUGAACUGCUUAAUCAAAAGAUACAUAUUUAAAGCACAGAGAGAUAAGGAUAAUGAUGAAGUUAAUGAAGGUGAACUGAGAGAGAUCAAACAGGACAUCUCCAGUCUUCGUUACGAGCUCCUGGAAAGAGGGAACCGUGAUUUGAACACACUAGCCGAUCUUGUCAGGCAACUGGGAGAUGUUGUGCAGAAAGAAGAGCAAAGAAUGGAAAUGAUUUCUUAGAAAUGAGUAGACAAAAUAGUCGUAUAAGUUGAGCAUAAUAUGAUCUUUUUUUCUGACAUUAAAUCAAGGUAAAGCGACCUUUACUGCUUGCAA